AUGAAUCGUAUCAACAACAAAAUGGUGAAGCAGACCAUCCAUUCAGACCCCACCCCUUUAAUUACAUUGUCUCCCAAAAUAGCACCCAGAUCAAAUUUGCAGUUCAAGGUUGGUCCACCUUUUGGCACCACAAUUGAAGUUUCACCAGUUUUUGUCAAAUCUUCAAAGUUACAACUAAAUCCGAUUAUCGAGGCCCGAAUUGAUAGGGGACUUGAUCUUGAUGGUGAUUGUUGGGUUGGUUACAAACGCAACUACUUUUCUUUGGUUUCCAGUUUUCUGUUUGAAGGUAUCAAGUCCAGCGUUUCUUUAUGCCAGGAAGAAGGGUUUUCCUUGGCAACAAUGGGAGAAUGUCACGACAUCAAGAGGUUUGCCAUCAGACUAGUUAGCAGAUAUGUUGCCGAUAAUAAUGAAACAGAAUUGGUACAACAUACUGCAAAAAGAACUGUUGGCGUGACUCCCCCAAUAAUUUACGUGAUUCCCGGAACAUUACCUAGCCAUUCAGCAAUUAAACAAAGCGCCAACCUCAAGAACCGCGAAAAGUUAGAGAGGACGAGCCAGUUGUUUGUCACGAAAUACAGCCAGUUGAAGAUUGAGGGUGAAGAAUCUAUCCUAUACGGGUAUACAAAAAAGGAAGCGUUCGUCAAUGUGGCAAAGUACGAAAGAAUACAGUUUACUGGAUCAGUUGGAGGACACCGGAGAAGUGAAAAGAAUGAUGUUAUAUUGCAGGUUCAGCUUUUGGCUGAAUUGAAAGAAAAGGACACAUUUGCAGUCGUUGCUGUCACAAACACACCCCCACUUACCAUAAGGGGACGGUCACCUUCUUCUUACCCAAGUGAUAAAUCACACAUGCCAGUACAGAAAGUCCACAAUGUAGAGAGCUUUUUAAAUACUCCAUGUCAUAUUCCUUCCCCAUUGAGUCAAGGUUGGUGUCCAUUCGACCAAGAGAAGCCAGUCCCUUACUCAGACGGCUUUAUAAUCCCAAGAAAAACAUUUGACUUGAAUGAGCGUCUCAAGGAGCCUUAUCCCAGUUCAAGAAGCUCAAGUACAGAUUUUGGAUACAACGAUGUUACUUUUUUCAACACGAUAGACAAGGAGGUUUAUCUUGACCCGUUAUUGCGAUUUUUAAGUGUCGAACCAAACAUACACAAUGAUUCAACUAGUUUUUCCAAUGACUACUUCGCUUAUAGUGAAGAUAAUCCUGACAUGAUCCCGUUGCAACAUAAACCUUAUGAAACUUGUGUUUUUCCUGACUUAGUUUUCAAAGAGUAG